CUCAACACUCGGUCUAGAUAUACUAUGUCUAUGGUUUGAUCAAUAUUUGAGAUUCGAGUGUUGUUUGUGCUAUAAUAGUUGCUUCAUUCUUGUGGUUUUUAUAAUCAUAAAAUAAGCAUAAAACAUUACAUUUGCGAUUACAUAAUUACAUAUAAGAUUAAUUAAGUACAAUGCAAAUUAUGGCGGAUAAAAAUGUAAAAAAUCAUAAGAUACACAUGCUAUAUAAAUUUAAUGGUUAAUCAAAAAUUGGCAGUCUUUUUAUGAUGCAUUUUUAUUAGCGGGUAUAUUUACAUUAUAUAUCGCAGCAAUCGUUUCAGAUUAUUGAAUGUUCAAAAGAGAGUGCUCUAUUUAUAUGUGACUAUAUCCUGAAUCUUCAGGUAAUACAAAAUCUCAAGGUUAUAAAGAUACUAAAAAGAAAAAAAAAUUAAACAUAGUUGUUCUUUAAAUUUUGGGUAAGUCUUUGGAAAAAUGGCUGUACAAAGAGAGACGGUUGCAAUCAUGAACAAAGACACGUGUAAGCAUUUUUGGAGACCGGUAUUACCGAAGAUACAGACCGUAGACGUUCCGCAAUAUUUGGAGCACAGAGUUUUAAGCGGAAUUUUACAAAAUGUGCAAAAACGACAUUACACCAUAUCACUUAAAUCGGAACCAUGUAAAAACACAGAAACGCAAACGGAUUACAGAGACAGUGAAGCGCAGACCGAACCCUGGGAGCCACCAUAUAAAAUUGUUCCAGAUCACAAUCCUGAAAUAUUGACAUUGGCUCAUUUAACUUGGGAACAUGGAUUACCUGCAGGCGUCCAUGAGAUACACAUUAUUAAUAGGAUGCAGAUGAGAAGAGCUUGGGCAACUAUUCUUCCACCGAUGGAUACACCAGCCAACAUGAAGAUGCGAAAUUCAAUAAUAACAAUGUUAGAAAUAGAUGAAUGGACAUUUCGUGAAUCGGUAGGUAUUUUAAUAAACAAGAUUGGAAAGCAAUACAUUAGCAUUGUAGCAUUACCUUGUAACGCUGUCAGUGUUACAGUUCUUUUUUUUUCGAUAACUGUAACAGUAACGGCAUUAUAUAUUUCUCGUUUGUAAUAAAAAAAGUAAAUUUG